CCGCGUGUGAGUAAUAAUUCCGCGCACCUUUUAUAAAUAGAUGGAUUCGUCCGAGUUGUUUCGCCGGAUUCAAGUCUUCAGAAGUAGCGUCGUUAGCGUCGCGACGCCGUGACCGUGGAUGCUACAUCUCUAAAAAUAGUGUCAGGUGUCGGCAAUUACGUUCUUUACCUUAAUGAGGCCUUAUUUACGAAUUGCCCGAAUCAAUUUGCCAAGACUGUUGUAAGAACCACCGUCACCAUGAAUCUGAUGUUCCGGAAAAACUUCCGGGAGCAAAAAAGCGGCGUCGCGAGCAAAACUUCGAAAGCUUGUGCCAACAGACAUGCGAGCAAGAGGGCCAGUCGGGAGCAGGGGUACACCCCCAUGGAGGAGCACCACUAUCGGACACAUCUGUUCUUCAACCCGUCGAGAUGUAGUUACGCUCAGGCGGCUGAAGACAUGGACGGGACCGCCACAGAACCGCGUUGCGGUCCUAUGACUGGAGCGGGCGGGGAACCCUUGCCGCCUCUGCAGUCGUCUGCGAUAUCUCCUCCGAUGACGGAGUCCGACCUGCCCCAGCCUUUGGUCGUUCGAACUCCUUCUGUCUCGAUGAUGAAGUGGCCUACGACGCCGUCGCCCACCAAAACCACCCCCACCAGACAAGUUAGUUUCAACUACGGGAAUGGGAAUACGGAGACUGCGAGGACCUUGUCUGGUCUUGAAAGGGACUGCUUUAUCAUCCCGGUUCACAGUUUAGAUAGGUUUCUUCCAGCAGGAGUACCAAUGCCAAAACCCCCGGCUAACGGGAAUUCUUUGGACAGAAAGUCCCAAGGGAACUUACAUGUGAUGGAGGUGCCUGAUCCAAAACUGUGUGUCUUAUGCCAUUUAAUGAGUCCCUUGGAGCCCAUCGACCCCGUUUUGGAGUCACCCUUGGUCCAGCCCUUAUUCAAGCAAAGAGUAACAGCCGGGGAACUACUUAGCGAAAUUUCCCAAUCGAAAACGGCGGUCACUGGGAUGCUAUUAGCCAACAUGGAACGCAACGCCGAAUUCCCUUUCAUAUCAUAUUAUGUGAUAAACACCUCACAAACAAAUCCUGUGAUGUUUUACAAUAAUAUUCGCACUGCCAGCCUGACCAAGUUCGACCCUCGACAACUUAGGUAUACAGCGGCGCAUACUCUAGAUCUUUACACAGAAGUGGCAUCGAUUUGUCGACCUCCGGUCCACGAAAUCGGGGUUUCACUCACAAAAACGCACACUUCGACGACGGGAUACAUGGUUUCGGUGUACAAAGUGUUUGAGGGAGAUGACAGGGAGAAGUUUGAGCGGAACUGGUUGUACUGGACUGGGGCCCGGAUGAUCUAUAGGUAUCUCCCGGCGGCGGCCGGACUGAGGAGAAUCUCCUUGCACAAGUCGCUCAGUCCCAAAGGGGACAAGAUGUACAUUUUGAUUUGUGAAUGCUGUAAUCUACUGAGCGACGUCACGGUUUGUGCGCUCAUUUUACCAGCGUUGAGGGCGCGACUGACAGGGUACACCGGAAUUUUUAGACCAAUACAAACAUUCUAAGAGAAUUUCAGACAUAUCGCAGGCACUGGGAAUUGCUGGGGACUUCCUUUGUUCAAAUUUUGUUUUUGGGCGACAAACAUUUCAUUACCGUCCUGUCUUGGUAAUUCAAGCGACAAUACUUAUAGUCAAAAAAAGUUUUGACGAGCAAUUUUCACUCCUAGAGUACAAGAAAACAACAGUUCUCUAAUAAAUUGAAAAGUAUUGAAAGAUUGUGGACUUAGAUUCCUGUAGACGAAAACAAUUUAAUUGUGACUUUUGAAAUGUUUUGAGAAAUUAUUCACAUACAAGUGCCCCAAGUUUGAUCAAAAACUAUCGAGAGAAGCUCGAGGAACAUUUUUCCAAAUUUUCAUAGAAGUUUUAUAAUGAAUAUUAGACCGCAAGUUUGAACUAAGCUUCUUGCAAACGUGCCUAUUUACAUUUUAUUAUAAUAAGAACAAUCAAAUAUUUAUCAAAUUGUUUAGUAUUAGUUAUAGACAUUCCCUCAAAUAAUACCUUGGGCAAGCUAUAACCGUAAGUUUUUUUUUCAAACGUCACUGUUGAAACAUAUCUUGUUGAAACAAAAAGUGAUAAUAACAAUAUAAAUUAGUACAAAAUUUACGGCUUUUUGUUACUUUAUGUAAUGUUUAAAUGUAUGAUGAAAAUUAUUGUUGCGGCAUUUGCCGCCAGUGUUAUCCACCUAUGGCUGUAUUUUUAUCAAAACCUCACAUCAAUAAUGUAAACACCAUGAUUGUAAAAUUUACGACCUUUAGGCAACAAGUCUUCCUUAGUUUCGCUUUCAACAACAGCAAUAUAAGAGAGAGAUUUAUUUAAAUAUACGCAAUGCUCAAGAGAUAUUCAACAACUACUUUAUUUGUUACCUUCAUUAAUACCCUUUCCGUCCUCGAAAUCUUUGUCGAUUGUCUAGCUGUAAAUAAAAUGUAACUUAUAUUUAUAUAAUAAAUAAAUAUUUUCAUUACCA